AUGACCCUGGGGCCGCUGGUGCUGCUGGCGCUGUGCGCGGCGGCCGCCGUCCGAGGGGCCCCCGCCAACGCCCCCGCCAACGCCCACAACGACUCGGACGCCGUGGUCGCCAUGGUGUCGCCGAGCUACGCCAGGACCGCCGUCUCAGGCGACCACUCGGAAUGGCGCUCGCUGGAGCCGGCAGUCUCGCAGCGCGGCCAGGGCGGACGCGCCCUGAGCUCGGACCCGGACGACGACGACCUGGCGCUGCAAGUCAACAGCCUGACGCCCGGCGGCGCCAAGAUGGGCGGUAGCAUGCCGAGCGGCUUCAAGACGACGCCGCUGCACGCCGUGCCGCUGUCGUUCGCCUCGGACAGGUACUCCGGGGCGCGGCCCAUCCUGGACAGUGUCGUCGACAGCAAGGACGCCGGCGUGGUGGACGAGUCGUUCCCGCCAUACGCGCCCGUCGACGAGCCGCUGCCGUUGCAGCAGGACUACAGCGCGCCGGGCCCUGGCUUCGACGCCCCGCCGUCCGGGUACGACGCCCCGCCAUCCGACGGAUACGAUGCUCCCCGUCACCACCACCAUCACCACCACGGGUACAACUACGGCCCGCCGCCACCGCCGCCACCACCGCCCCCACCAACGUACGGCCCGCCACCGCCUACGUACGGACCACCGCCGCCUACGUACGGUCCGCCUCCACCGCCCCCAAGCUAUGGACCGCCACCACCGAGUUAUGGACCUCCUCCUCCUCCUCCGCCUCCUCCACCGCCGCCAAGUUACGGCCCCCCGCCCCCUGUCUACGGUCCGGCGCCUCCGCCAGCGGCACCCUACGGGCCUCCCGCGCCUCCCCCGGACACCUACGGCGCGCCGCUCAACGCCUACGGCCCGCCACGGGACACCUACGGGCCGCCGCCGCCCGCCCCCUACGGCCCGUACCCACCAGCACCGCCGCCGCCGGAACCCCUUCCCGACCCCGACGACGACCUGGACAAGGGGGUGUACACGCACUACAACAUCGGGCGCAAGCUGUACUACGCGCCGCUGUGGUUCAGCCUCUACUUCUCGGGCUACGUGCUGACGCAGAUUCUGACGCACGUCUGGAGGCACAGGUACACGUUCCCGCUGCGGGUGGAGGACGCGCUGACGGCGGGGCGGUCGGCCUCGGACAAGGAGGCCGUCAUCGAGACCGUCACCGAGACCGUCACCAACGCCAUCGAGAAGGCCGCGGACAAGUUCAAGAACAAGACGGCAUGACGGGCGCCGCGAGCGCCCCGGACCGGCGCGGUGAAAAAAUGUCUUGCUGGUGCCGGGAUUCGAACCCCCGCCGGGUUCGGCCGUCCCCGCACGCGACUGUUUUUCGUGACUGCUGCGCCGCUCCGGGCGCAAUCCGCAGAAUGACUGACUGACUGGCCCUCACCGUUGUUGUGAAAGGAACGAACAAUUAAAAUGGACGCCGGUGA